CAGCGUCUCUCUAGCAGCUGACGCGAGGAAAUGGCCACACGUCAUCUAACCCAUCGCUCCGCUCAUCCCAUUCUGAGCCCCUUCCUAUCUCCCUUCAUAAGAUUCGCGCGAAGAACGAGAGCAACACCACUACCACUCUCUUCCCCAAACUCCACACAAGCAGCAAUGACGUCUUCUCCACAAAAGGUUUUGGUUCCGGUCGCCAACGGUACGGAGCCAAUGGAAGCAGUGAUCAUGAUCGACGUCCUACGGAGAGCCGGGGCCGACGUCACCAUCGCGUCCGUCGAGAAGGAGCUUCUGAUUGAUGCCAGCUGGGGGCUGAAGCUCGUCGCCGAUGCCCUAAUAUGUGAUUGCGCUGAAAGCACCUUCGAUCUCAUCUCUCUGCCCGGGGGAAUGCCCGGUUCUUCGAAUCUCAGGGAUAGUGGAGUCUUGGAAAGUAUGGUGAAAAAGCAUGUCGCAGAUGGACGGCUCUAUGGGGCGAUUUGUGCAGCCCCUGCGGUUGCGCUUGGGCCGUGGGGUUUGCUCAAGGGACUGAAAGCAACUUGCUAUCCGUCAUUUAUGGACAAACUGUCGUCUGCUGAUGCAACAUUGGUCGAGUCGCGGGUCCAACAGGACAGGCAGGCUGUGACGAGUAGGGGGCCAGGCACAGCUAUGGAGUACUCUUUGGUGUUGGUUGAGCAGUUAUGUGGGAAGGAAAAAGCUGAUGAAGUUGCUGGACCUAUGGUGAUGCGUGCUAACCACGGUGGUGAAUAUACUUUGACUGAGAUAAAUUCACUGGACUGGAAAUGCAACAACACUCCACAGAUUUUGGUACCAAUUGCCAAUGGCUCGGAGGAGAUGGAAGCUGUUAUGAUAAUUGAUAUUCUGCGGAGAGCAAAGGCAAAUGUGGUGGUAGCAUCUGUUGAAGAUAAAUUAGAAAUAGUGGCAUCUAGAAAAGUGAAACUAGUGGCUGAUAUGCUCUUCGAGGAGGCUGAGAAGCUGCAAUAUGACCUUAUUGUUUUGCCAGGCGGACUUGGUGGUGCUCAAGCAUUUUCAAGUUCAGAAAAGCUGAUAAAUCUACUGAAAAAGCAGAGAGAGUCGAAUAAACCUUAUGGAGCAAUAUGUGCAUCCCCCGCAUUAGUCCUAGAACCCCAUGGGCUACUCAAGGGGAAGAAGGCGACAGCAUUCCCAGCCAUGUGCAGCAAGCUUUCGGAUCAAAGUGAAGCUGAGAAUAGGGUGUUGGUUGAUGGCAAACUGAUAACUAGCAGAGGCCCAGGGACGGCCAUGGAGUUCUCGCUUGCAAUUAUUGAGAAGCUAUUCAGCCGCGAGAAGGCAUUGGAUCUUGCGAAAGUCAUGGUUUUCACAUAUCCGUAGUGAAGCUUAUUGCCAUGCAUUGAGAAUAUAACUAUUAUCUUAUCAACCAACCUAAAAGUUCUCAUGAAACCUACCUGUAUGGCAACUUGAACUCGUGAAUGGUUUUGAUAGCAAAUAUGAUAGCUUUGUGUGGACACAGGUAGACAAUCAAAUGCAUACUAGAAUGGAUAUUAGAUAUGCAGCAAUGUACAUAACAAAUGUAUUUAUAAGAAUAAUGUUGAGUGAACCCUCGUUCAGUGUUUUAAGUAUCAACGAUAUCAGCCGUGUAUCCCAUGAUA